GCCGGGCCGCCAGGGGCCUGGACGCGGCUCCUGGAGGGCGCACAGGUUCCGGGCACUCGGGGGCUCCUUCGGGCGAGCGGUGAUGAGUGGGGCGCUGCGCCGCACGGCGGCGGCUCUGCUCCGCUGGGGCCGUGGCCCCGGCGGCGUCGGCCUGCAGGGUGCAGGCGUGCGGGCGGCGGGCUCGGGCGCUGGCGGUGGCCAGGCGGAGCAGCUGGACGCGCUGGUUAAGAAGGACAAGGUGGUGGUCUUCCUCAAGGGGACGCCGGAGCAACCCCAGUGUGGCUUCAGCAACGCCGUGGUGCAGAUCCUGCGGCUGCACGGCGUCCGCGACUACGCGGCCUACAACGUGCUGGACGACCCUGACCUCCGGCAAGGCAUUAAAGACUACUCCAACUGGCCCACCAUCCCACAGGUGUACCUCAACGGCGAGUUUGUGGGGGGCUGUGACAUCCUUCUGCAGAUGCACCAGAAUGGGGACCUGGUGGAAGAACUGAAAAAGCUGGGGAUUCGCUCCGCCCUGUUAGAUGAAACGAAAGACCAAGAGUCAAAGUGACCACUGGCUGGGCCUGGGCACAGAGACGCUGCCAGAAAAGCCUUAUCCUGCUGUCCCCUGCUGUGGUGGCUGCUGGUCCUCCGGGCUUGGGAGUGCGGGUGCUUCCAGUUCGUCUGGUUUGGGGGCUAAGAGUGUCCUAUUGUGAACUUCAUGACAACCACUGCACUGUAACAGCUCACAUUGCGUUAUGAUGUUUGCUAUCACAGAAUUUGUUCUUAUGGCAUCUUUUAUUCUUACCUGACUCGGGAGCUGUUUGUGUCCACUGAAGAGUUACAGAGGAGAGGAAGAAGUGAUAGUUGGGGGGGUGGUUUUUGUUUUUUUGUUUGUUUUUUUUUAAAUAAACUGCCAUUUCAGAUA